GCCAGCCGGCACAGCCUCAUAGAGAUGAUGACGUGCCGGCUGGGGUCGCGGCGGCUGGGCGGCUCGCGCGGGUCGCUGCAGGCCGGCACAGCGUGCUCCGCCGCCAGCGAGCUCGACCUCUCCGCGCGCUCCCGCCGCUCCAACAAGGCUCGGUUAAAACUGCUGGGUGCUAGCGGCGAAGCGCCCCUGCUGACCGGGUGGCGCAGCACGCCGCACACGCCGCACGCGCCGGCGACGCCCGCGCCGCAUCAUUCGCACAACCACCUCGCCGCGCCACAUUGUAACGGCACUGACAGUGGCAGUCGAGGUGGACUCAGAAGGCGGUCCACGUACGCGAGCGGGCGACUGCGCGCCGGACCACAUUGGUCCUUCGUGUUCGACCCCGCCGGCCGCCUGUGCUACUACUGGUCCAUGGUCGUCUCCCUCGCAUUCCUCUACAACCUGUGGGUCAUAGUUUAUAGGUUCGCCUUCCAAGAAAUUAAUGGCGAGACGCUGAUAGUGUGGUUCUGUUUGGACUAUUUUUCGGACUUCUUAUAUUUGGCGGACAUAUUGUUCCACUUUCGCACGGGGUACUUAGAAGACGGGGUGUUGCAGACGGACGCGGCCAAGUUGCGCGCGCAUUACAUGAACUCGACGACCUUCUACAUCGACUGCCUGUGUCUGCUGCCGCUGGACUUCCUCUACCUGUCCAUCGGGUUCAACUCUAUCCUGCGGUCGUUCCGCCUCGUCAAGAUCUAUCGCUUCUGGGCGUUCAUGGACCGCACCGAGCGACACACGAACUAUCCUAACCUAUUUAGAUCGACAAGUUUAAUUCAUUAUUUACUAGUGAUAUUUCAUUGGAACGGGUGCUUGUACCAUAUAAUAUAUAAAAACAAUGGGUUCGGUAGUAAAAACUGGGUGUAUCAUGACACUGAAACGGCGGACGUAGUGAAACAGUAUUUGCAAAGUUAUUACUGGUGCACGUUGGCGCUUACGACAAUUGGUGACCUGCCGCGGCCGCGGAGCAAGGGCGAGUACGUGUUUGUGAUCGCUCAGCUGCUGUUCGGGUUGCUGCUCUUCGCCACCGUGCUAGGCCACGUCGCCAACAUCGUCACCUCGGUCAGCACGGCACGGAAGGAGUUUCAAGCGAAACUGGAUGGCGUGAAGACGUACAUGCGUAUGCGACGGGUGCCGACACACCUCCAGGUGAAGGUGAUCAAGUGGUUCGACUAUCUGUGGCUUACGCAGAAGUGUUCAGACGAGGAGAAGGCCGUGUCCUGCUUGCCUGACAAGCUGAAAGCUGAGAUCGCUAUCAAUGUGCAUCUGGAUACCUUAAAGAGGGUGGAGAUAUUCCAAAACACGGAGGCGGGCUUCCUAUGCGAGCUGGUGUUGCGGCUGCGCCCCGUGCUCUUCUCACCCGGGGAUUACAUCUGCAGGAAAGGCGAAGUCGGAAAGGAGAUGUACAUAGUGAACAGAGGGAAACUACAGGUGGUAGGAGACAAUGGCAAGACAGUGCUAGCAACAUUGAAAGCGGGUUCUUAUUUUGGCGAAAUUUCCAUUCUGAACAUGGGCACGGCAGGUAAACAACUUGAACUUGCCCCUAUGUAUGGAAACCGGCGGACAGCGUCGGUGCGGUCCGUGGGCUACUCGGACCUGUUCGUGCUCAGCAAGAAGGACAUGUGGGACGUGCUGAAGGAGUACCCCGCCGCCAGGGUGCGGCUCGAAGCCAUCGCCGUCAAGAGACUUGAGAAGUACAAGAAAGCUCCGCUUGAAAAAGUGGCAAUGGGUCGGUGUCAGUCAACGCCAGGACUGGUGGAGACGGCCGGCCGCGUGCCUAUAGAGGAGAUGCAGCUUCCGCCUGCGCCCGCGCCGCCCGCGCACCCUUCACACCCGCCUUCCUACCGGGACCAGCUUUAUAGUUCGUCAGUAAGUCCUCUUCGCGUGGCGUCACCAGUGGCGUCGCUAGCGUCGUCUGUGCGCAGCAGUGCAGCCGGCGGCGGUGGCGGCAGCUUGGCGCCGCGGCUCAUAGAUUCGCACGAGCAACUCGAGAGCGAGAUCAAACGGUUGCGCGAGCGCCUCUACACUGUCGAGACGGAGAACGCUGCCAUGUCCGCCAAGCUCAGUCAGCAGCAGUGGGAGGUGGAUCAGAGACUGCAGGAGAUAGAGAUGCAGAUCUGCGGCGGCAGUUCGCUGAGCUCGCAGGAGGAGAACGAGCGGAACCGCGAGAGCAUCAUUUAACGGCGCGCCUCGCCCGUGCCGCGGCAGCUCGCGCCCUUGCCUCGCAUGUCCGCCGUCUACUGAACCCGCGCCCGCGCACCCCCCCGCGCGUCCCGCGGCGCCCCGUGCUAAACCCACCCUGUGACCUCUGUGAAACAGUACCACAAACUAGUCGCAGUGUUUUUACGAUGAAUAAUUAUUAUUACGGAAUAUUUAAAUACGAAUUAACUUUAUCAAAUUUAUAUAUACGUAGUAUAUACGACUCGCUAAUAUUUGACGAGUGUCGUGGAGUGAGAUUUUGCCAAGACAAUAUUAUCUUAAUUCUAAUGUCGUUUAGGUACAUCGAGGAAGUGUAGUGAGUGAGAGCGCGAGCGCAGGCGCUAGGCGGCCGGCGGCGCCGGCGGCGUAGCGCGCGGCUCCAGCGCCCAAAGGGCAAUGUCGUUGUUUUGUUAGCGGCUGUAUGUUGUGCAUACCUCGUGUCUAUGUUAACGAAGUUUAUUUUAACGAAUCGCUAAGAUUACCUAAGUAUUGGAUAUUUUCCUAUAAUUUAAGUGAUAUUGUUUUACCUGUUUUCGCUGAAUACCUGUAAGGUGAAAUGUUCUCUGUCGAAUGUGGAAGUCUGUGUACAAAUGUAUCGUAUAAUCAGUAUUCUGGAUUGUGUGCCAAAUGAAAGGCCAAAGUGAAUGUGCUAUGAUUAAGGUUUUGUGUUAAAUAAAGUGUCUCAUUUUUACCAAAAUGGAUAUUUACAUCCAUUAAAUUUGAGCUUUAAUUAUAAUAAAGUAAAAUCCCGGAAGACUUAUCACAUUCCAUGUCUCGUUUCCAGAUUAUUUAAGAUUUAUUUACUGAAAUGUGUUACUUAUAACAGUCUAGGAUAUAGUUCUUUCAUCGUCAAUAAAUUUGGUAUAUAAUCUAUGUAUAAUCGUGGAAUAAUGUUAUUACAUUCUGAUGCAGUUUUGUCCGUUGUAAUAACAAAUGACCAUAGUACGUUGUAAUUUGUUAUAUAAAGUGAAUUAUUACCUAUGUAUAAGAGAAGUAGCUAAAAACUGAUUACCACAUCAGUUUGGUAAAUUAAAAAUCACUACUGCCAAAUAAAAAUUAAGUAGAUAAAUCAAAAUGUUUUAAUGUAAAGUUAUUACCAAUUGAUUAAAGAAUGUUUUGUACUUAAAUUCAUUCUAUUUACAACCUUCAUUGAUUUACAAACAUUUGUGUAAUGCGAAUGUUUCUAUGUGAGUGACUUCUAUUGUUGAAGCGUUGGGUUUUCGUUGGUUUCUUUGAUAUCUUAAUACUUUGAUGUAACGUAAGUGUAAUACAUUAUGAAACAAGACGGUACCAAACAUGAGAAUAAUAAUAAUACAAUAUAUUUCAACACUAAGUGAAUUGUAAAUAGUUACUCUAUGAUACGUGUUUGUAAGCUGUUUUUUCAUUGAAACUAUGUGUUUCUGAAAGCCACGAGUUUCCCGACGGGACGAUGAAUGAUAGGAGAGACGCUUGCUGAGGGGAGCUAUUCGUUACGUUCUCGCUAAACACCUAAACUAUUUCGUUGUGCAUCACACAGGAAUGCUUCAUUACCGUUUAUGUACAUAUGUGCAUAUGAACAAACAAGCUAUCGUUUACUCCUACUACUAAACUAUCACUUAAGUUAUAUACCGACGCGUCAAAAGAUACAGUUUAAUUUCCUAGUUGAGUUCUUAGAUACGCUUCAUCCUAACGCCCGAAGAUAUAAUAGAUAGGCGAUAAAAUUUUUAACUGUAAAUAAAAUAUUUAUUUAUUGUUAUAUAUUCCAUAAAUUUUUCUUCUUACAAAUUUCUCGAUUCUAAAAUGGUAAGAGAGAUGCAUUAUGCAAUUGAAUUAUAAUUAAACGAAAACGCAAGUGCUUUUUAUCAUGGUAACUUGUAAGUGUAUUCAAAGCAGGCCGGACCCGGUCCGUGGCACGAGAGAUCGAACCAAUUGUAAUUCCUUUUAUAUUAGUAUGAUAAGUGAUAUUUGUUUACCUUCACAAGAAGCAGUUGUAAGCGCAGUAUGGGGUCGGAAGUCAGUGGUUCAGUGAUCGGCUUGUGCAUCUUAAAUUGGGAAUUCAA